UCUUUCCAUUGACAAUUUUGUUUUUACUCCAUGUGGCUACUUGAGCGACGUUUUCAUAGGUCAAAAAUUUAUAUUUAAUAUUAUUGCAGGUGUUAAAUAAAGUUUAAUUAGACAAGGACCUAAAAUGUCUACAAUAGAAAGUGAAACUGCUGCGCUCAGUGAAAUGGAGCGCAUAACCGCCCAUUUGCGUGCAGAAAUAGAAAAAACAAAACGUGGCGAGGGAAUUGAGUUUGAAGAUGAUGAAGAGUAUGUGAAGUUGCAAACUGAGAACAGCAAACUCAAGCAUCGUUUGGCAAUUUUGAAUAAGGCAAUUGCUACAGAGAAGAAUGCCACAGGUUCGGCGAAUGCAGUUGCUAUAAAAUACCAACCAGCCGAACUACCAGUUGCCGUAAACGAAAUGAUUUCAAUAACCGAACAUCUUGUAGAUUUAUUUACAAAUGCUAUCGCUUUGGCAUUUCCCGAGCUUGCCGGCACACAAGCAAUCAUAUCACCGGUGAAUGCCAAUGCAGCUAAAUUUGGUGAUUAUCAAUGCAAUAGUGCCAUGUCACUGGCGAAGACUUUAAAAGCAGCUGGCGUCAAUAAAUCUCCACGGGAUAUAGCUAAUGAAAUUGUUAAAAAUGUUGCAAAAUCGCCGCUCGUAGCCAAAACGGAGGUCGCUGGUGCGGGUUUCAUCAACGUAUUCCUACAAAAAGAUUAUGCUGUACACGCUAUUGACAAUCUUCUGCGUAGUGGCGUUAAACCACCGACUUGCCGAAAGCAACGCAUACUCGUUGACUUUUCUUCACCGAAUAUAGCGAAACAAAUGCAUGUGGGUCAUUUACGUUCAACGAUUAUUGGUGAAUCUAUAUGUCGUUUGCUGGAGUUCCUCGGACACGAUGUGUUGCGCGUCAAUCAUUUGGGUGAUUGGGGUACACAAUUUGGUAUGCUUAUUGCGCAUUUAGAAGAUCGUUUUCCCAAUUUCCUAAACGAAAGUCCUCCAAUUGGAGACUUGCAGGCCUUCUACAAGGAAUCGAAAAAGCGAUUUGACGAAGAUGAAGUAUUCAAGAAGCGUGCCUACAAUUGUGUCGUACUUUUGCAAGGUGGCGAUCCAAAUUCAACAAAAGCCUGGACACAGAUUUGUGAUGUUUCACGUCAAGAGUUCCAGAAAAUCUAUGAUCGCUUGGAUGUAACACUCGAACCCAUCGGCGAGUCUUUCUAUCAGUCACGUAUGAUAGAUGUUGUCAAGUUUUUGGCAACGAAAAAUUUGCUCGAAGAGGAUGACGGACGUAAGAUCAUGUGGGCUGAUGAAAGCUCAUCGGGUAUACCUUUAACGAUCGUCAAGUCGGACGGCGGUUUCACCUAUGACACAUCGGACAUGGCUGCAAUCCGUUAUCGUUUGGAAGAACAAAAAGCAGAAUGGCUAAUUUAUGUCGUAGACUCUGGUCAGAGCACACAUUUGCAAAAUAUCUAUCGUGCCGCUGAGCGUGCGGGUAUAUUCAAUCCGAAAAUUCACCGUGCUGACCAUGUGAACUUUGGCGUUGUGUUGGGCGAGGAUGGUAAAAAAUUCAAGACACGUUCGGGUGAGACAGUUAAACUGUCCGACCUAUUGGAUGAAGGCUUAAAACGUGCGCUAGAUAAAUUACUGGAAAAGGAGCGUGAUAAGGUGCUUACCGCCGAGGAAUUGAAAGCAGCACAAGAAUCUGUCGCCUACGGUUGUAUCAAGUAUGCAGAUUUAAGUCACAAUCGCACCAAUGAAUAUGUGUUCUCCUUCGAUAAGAUGUUGGAGGAUCGCGGCAACACGGCAGUAUAUCUGCUUUAUGCAUUUACACGUAUAUGCUCAAUUUCACGUAAUUGCGGCGAAGACUUCUCGGAUCUGGCUAAAAUACUGGAUAGCGGCACAGCGAUUACGUUGGAACACGAGAAGGAAUGGAAAUUGGCAAAGACACUUUUGAAGUUCCCCGACGUGCUGGUUAAGAUUUCCAAGGAUCUGCUGUUGCAUACGCUUUGUGAAUACUGUUAUGAAAUUUGUACCGUCUUCUCGGAAUUCUAUGACAAUUGUUAUUGCAUUGAGAAAAAUAAGAGUGGCGAAAUUGUGAAGGUCAACCGUGGCCGCAUUUUGUUGUGUGAAGCUACAGCUGCGGUGUUGAAGCAGUGCUUCUAUAUUUUGGGCUUAAAGCCCGUUUCUAAGAUUUAAAAUAAUCACUAUUCACUUUAACAUACGAAAUAUUCUAAUACUGUAUUCAUUUUUUUACAGAGCAUAGCGUUUGAUAAAAUCAAGAAAAAAAUAAAAAAUGGAAUUAUAAA